CUUUCUAAAAGGAAUUACCGGGUAGUAUAGAUUUCUCGUUGAACAAGAAACUGACUGCGGAAGACGUUGGCAACACUGAACGUCGCCAUCUGAGAAGCCCUUUCCAAUUAACCACCGACUUAGGGUAGACUGUCAGCUUCGUCCCGUUCGAUAGUCUGAACCAAACACAAGAUUGAAGGGAGGCUGAGAAAGACGUGUUUCUCUCCGAUGGUGGUUUUGGAGCGACUAGCACGGACUGCUCGGUCAUGGCGGAAGAUCGCCUCUCCCAACAUCCUAACUGCUUCACGUGCUUCAUCACGUGACCUCCCUGCUGCUUUCUACCACCGUUCUUCAGGAUGCUUAAAAUGUAUAUUGGAUACCCAGCAGCUAAGGUUGGCAGCUGCUUCUUCAGGGUCAUAUUCUAUGCUUCCAGCUGUUUUAGCUGGUUUGCUUGGAGCUGGAGUGCUAGAAACAGCUUAUGCCGAAGCUGAUGAGGUUGCUGCCAAACCUCCUCUUCCAUCAGAAACUCCUGCAAGUCAUGUCAACCUUGAGGAAACUGCCAAAAAAGAGCGGCAGCGAAUUGAACAGUUGCUUAAAGAUAAAGGAAUGAAAUAUGGUUCUUAUCCAGGAUUUACUGUUGCUAUCAAGGGCCAAAAGGUUACAAUCAAGUUCCAGAUUCCUCCUUCAUGUGAAGUUGCACAAUUGAUUGCAAACCUAGUUUCCAAUCUUGGACUGAAGGUCGAAGAGCGUGGUGGUGGUUCGGAUAUACUAUUGCGUGCAUGGGACAGUUCAGUAGCUUGGCAGCUGACACUUAAUCCACUACAGAAACAGAAGGAAACUGGAGUAAAUGAGGGGCAUUCAGUAGAUAGGAAUGGAGAUGGAGGGGAUUUAUGCAUCCUCAUUUUCCAUUCACUUAUAAGUUCAGAUAAAGCGGAAAUUGAGUUUUUAAAGCAAGGAAGUUUGAAUCCCAGUGAGCUUGAUGCCUUGGUAUCUGUCUUACAACUAGCUGGUGGAAAGUUGGGACAAAGUAAGAGUCGGGUAGGAAAACCAAGGGAAGGUUCUUCACAGAUGCCAUCUGCAGAAAAAUCAAUUGCUAGCUUGGAGGCCAUGGGGGUAAGAAUUUAUGGACUUGAUGCGCCACAUCAGAAUUCCUCAUACAGUGAGAUGUCAUGGGACAAUAUUGCUGGAUAUGAUCAACAAAAACGAGAAAUAGAAGAUACAAUUUUACUGGCUCUAAAUAGCCCUGAAGUAUAUGAUGAUAUUGCUCGUGGGACUCGUUGUAAAUUUGAGUCAAAUAGACCUAGAGCUGUGCUCUUUGAAGGACCUCCAGGUACAGGGAAGACGUCUUGUGCUCGUGUUAUUGCUAAUCAGGCGGCUGUCCCAUUGCUCUAUGUGCCACUAGAGGUUGUCAUGUCAAAGUACUAUGGUGAAAGUGAACGUUUGAUGGGGCAAGUGUUCUCUCUUGCCAAUCAGCUCCCAGAUGGUGCUAUCGUAUUUUUAGAUGAGGUUGAUGCUUUCGCCAUUGCUCGUGAUGGUGAAAUUCAUGAAGCUACACGUCGAGUUUUGUCAGUACUAUUACGACAGAUUGAUGGAUUUGAACAGGAUAAGAAAGUGGUUGUCAUUGCUGCAACAAAUAGAAAACAAGAUCUUGAUCCUGCAUUGAUUAGUCGUUUUGAUGCAAUGAUUGGCUUUGGCCUACCCGAUGAGCAAAACCGUCGGGAAAUAGCAGCUCAGUAUGCAAAGCACCUUACAGAAUCUGAGUUAAUUGAACUUGCUCGAGUCACAGACGAAAUGUCUGGGAGGGACAUCCGUGACGCAUGCCAACAAGCAGAGCGGUCAUGGGCAUCGAAGCUAAUUCGAGGACAAGCAACUAAAAAUGAAGAACAACAGUCUCUUCCUCCUUUGGAAGAAUACAUCAAAAGUGCCAUGAACCGCAGAAAGGCUCUACUUAGUGUUGCAGAGCAGAGAAACCAAAAUUCAAAUCUGCGUACGAAUAGACCUCAUUUAGAUUUUGGAGUUCUAAUUGAUUAAAGUAUAUACAGAGAGACAAACAUGGCAAUCAUUUACAGUCUGCAUUUAAUCUUUGUAAUACAUUUUUCCUUGAGAUAGUGGUUAGGACACAAGUGGUCAUUGUUACUAACAAAAACGAGAGAGGCAAAAUAUUAAUAGACUACUUGUACCUAACGGAAGAUUUCCUAGGUUUCAUGUACAUCAACAUUUCUCUUCAACGGUGUUAACAGUCAGGAUAAAAUUGAUAAAUAGAAUGAAAAUUCAAGAA